AUGUCAUCAAAUCAAGAACGUGUGUUCGUAACUGGAGCAAGUGGAAAUAUUGGAAGUGAAAUCGUUAAAAGUUUGAUAACAAAACAAAUCCAUACAACAAUCUAUGUACGAGAUGAACAAAAAGCGAAAGAAUUAUUUAAAAAUGACCUAAAUUCUGGUUAUCUCUCAAUUAUUGUCGGCACUUAUGCAACACUUGAUGUAUUUACAAAAGCAAUUCAAGGACAUACGCGUUUGUUUCUACUCUAUGCUGGGAAUUUCAAGCCGACAGCAAUGAGUGAAGUGAAAGAAAAAUUUGCGAGAGCUGCUUUUGAGCAAGGCGUUCAUCAAAUUGUCGAUCUUUCAUCAGCUUCUGUUAGUAAUGGUCGGGAUGGAAUUAUUUCAUUUAUGCAUUCGACAGCUGAAGAGAAACUCUGGAAAAUGAUCGAUGAAAAACCAGAGGANUUACUGCUUGAACUCGUUUAUCUGUACAUUUUAUUCUUUCCAUUCGCUAUCGACUGA